AUGAUGUGGACGCUGCGCACGGAGAUCCUUCGGUACUGUGAUCAGGUGUUGGAAGGAGUACCGACGCAAGAUAUGCUGGUGAUGAUGGAGAUGGAGCCCACAGAUAUAAUGGAAUUGGAUUUAGCGCAUCCUAACCAACAUGAGGUAACUUUACAACAAUUAGCGAACCUGAAACUAGCUGCAAAGCUGCUACACGAUGAAAAUGAAGCUGAUCUGGAUUUGGUCAUCAAGCAGGUCAUCACCGGCGGACAGGUAAUU